AUGACGCACGCAUCGGGUCUUCCGCUACUGGCUGUGCUCAUGCUGAUGGCUGUGGCAGCCACCCCGUGCGCGGGAGUCGCGCCGAUGAGCCGCAUCACCGACCGGCUGUGGGUGGGGAACCAGCACGCGGCCGGCAACCUGACGCUGCUGACCGAGAUCGGUAUCACCGGUGUGGUCAACGUCGCGUGGGACCUUGACAUCAUGUAUCCGGCGAGUGAGUACGUCGGCUCGCUUGCCGAGGACAACGCCCAUCUGAAGCUCGAGUACGCCAAGGUCGGCUUGGUGGAUGGCGAAGGCAACGCCAACGUCACCCUCGCCGCCGCCGUCUUCCAGGUCGCGCAGAUAAUGACCAAGCGCACGCUGGAGACCAAGGACGCCCACACAUACCCCAAUCCGCCGCAGCGCAUCCUCCUCCACUGCCAUUCGGGCAUGUCGCGCUCCGUCACCAUCGCUGCCCUCUAUCUCCGCUACACAGAUCCGGUGACCUACCCGGACUUUGCCGCCGCGCUCUCGUACGUCAAGGCCGCCCGUGGCAUCUCCACAGAUCCGGCGCCGGCCCUCGUCGCCCUCGCCACCGCCAUGUCGCCGCACGACAUCUUUGCCCCGUUCGGCGGCCUCCCGCAGUAA